CUACACGAAACAGCUACGCCGAGACCCGAGAAACGGAUGGCAUUGCCUAAUCGGCUUGAAUGUCCACACGGAAAAUGGCACAGCACUGACAUCAAUCCGUCUCCUGGUAAUCCGCACUUUGUCGGACUGUGUGGUUUCAGCGCAGCUUACUGCGGAUAUUUACCUUCUCGGGUCACUUAAAUGCUCAAAAGCUGGAUACAGCUCUCCAGGCCAGGUGUUCUCUUCUUUCUCAUUCUUUUCUGAUCCACACACAUUUCCCCUUCCAACUUCAACCGUAAAUCGAUCCUUUUUUUCUCAUUUCGAAUCCACACCAUGGUCCACAUCUCAUCCAUAUUCGUGGCUCUCACGAUGAUCGCUGUGGGCCUCACCGCCCCGGUCGGUCUGCAAACUCGUCAGAUAGGCAACCUCGACUGCAAUCUCUCGCGGCUGCGCAUCAUCACAGAUACCGCGGACGCCGAGUCUCUCAUCUCCCAAAUAAAUUCUACAAGCCUUGAUACGACGAUCUCGAUCGCGAUAGCCCAGGCCGGCUUGAAGACUGUGGAUACGGCGAUCCACGAGAUCCUCCAGGCUGUGUUCAGCAACCAGACAGCGCCGGCGGCGGCAAGGACACAGGUUGGUGCGGGCCUCGCUGCGGCGCAGCAAGCCUUGGCAGUCAUACAAGAGUGAGGCCAUGUUGGAGGCUGCAUCUUGAUGUGGAAAAACUGAAUUCGUUCAGGCCGGCCUCGAGACAAAUUGUCACUCAGGCUUUGGACGCGAUUUCCACCGCCAAUCAAGAUGGGGAAGCCGUCCUGACUCAAUGUGUUUGAGACUGCGGACUUGGGGGUCUUUGGCGGCGCGGUGACUUCGUCGUGAUGAGAUUCGGUGGAGAAGUCAGUCAAUAGAAUCACAUUUUGUAUCCGGAAUAAUUG